AUGGUUCUUCGCAGCUUUGUCAACCUCACGGAGCGGACAGGAGCGUCGUUUGCGCGGCGCCGCGCGUCCAACGUGUCGUCGUCGGGCAGCAAGCGCUACUCGCACCCCUUUUUCAAGCCCUCGUACGCCAAACCCCAGGACUUGCUCAUAGUGGACGACGUUGCCCGCGAGGACUCUGGCCGCAAGACACGGUACAGCCGGUACUGCAACAUCCUCACGCCCGCGGCCAUGGUGACGCGCAACUAUGUGGUGUUCGACAGGUCGCAAAACACCGACGACGAGCCCCGUGCGCAAACCCCGAUCCUGCUCAAGAAGGCGGGCGGCAAAACAAACAAGAACGGCCACAUGAACGUGCGCGUGGGCGCGGCCGCCAACGGCCGGCGCCAGCUGCGGUUCAGGCGGUCGAACUCCACCACAGUGCGCACGUUUGCCGUGGAGAUCGCGGCCGGCAGGAGAGAGUACUCCACGGUGCGCGAACUGGAGCGGCAGCUGCGCGAGCUCCGGACGACGGAGGCGGAGCAGCCGGCGGAGGAGCCUGAGCACGCGGAGAAGGCCGAGCCCGCCGCGCCGCUGUCGGUUCACGAACGUCUGAUCGACGAGCUGCUGUCCAGCAACCGGCCGAGCGAGGUGCUCGCCGUCUAUUUCAACCUCCGAGGCAAGGGCCUUGUUCCCACGACUGCGCUGUACAACAAAGUCCUGCGCUCGAUCCCGCAGCGCGCCGACACCGGCGAGUCCGCCGAGGAGAAGCUCACACAUCUGCUGAACGUGUACUCGGACAUGCUGGCCAACAACCUCAAGCCGUCGGACGAGACGUACGAGCUCGUGGUGGGGCCGCUGCUGAGGGGCGCGCAGAACAGCUACAGCAUGGGCGAGUUCCGCAACAGCAACGACUUCUUCCGUAUUGCGCUCGAGCUGUUUCUCAUCAGCCACAGCUCCAACGCGGCCAUCCGCUUCGACAAGGCCGUCUACUACGACCUCGUGCGCGGCCUGAAUAGAUUCAAGCGCGUGCAGAUCGUCGCUGCCGACAAGCUGUACGAGCUGCUCAGGCCGCGCGUCGAUCUGACGCAGAACCUGGGCCUGUUUCUGCAGCUGCUCAAAUACGCCGGCUACUGCAAAAACAGCGGCCUCGUCAGCGCGCUGUACCACGACAUCGACGGCAGGAUCGAUGCCAAGGUGAUGGAGACGCAGCAGUACGACGUCUACGCCGCGGUGCUCGAGUGCCUGCUUCUGUGCGGCCAGUCCGCCGAGGCAGCCGCUUUUCUCGACCAGGUGGUCCGCAAGUGCGACAAGUCGCAGCACCUCUCCAAGCUCCUCUCGAGCUUCAUUGCCGGCCAGGCCGCCGAGGACCCCGCCAAGGCAUACCACUCGUACCUCAAGUUCAACGCGGUCGACUGGCUGCCAGAGGUGUCUGUGGCCAGUCUCCUGCUCGUAAUGAGAAAGUUCCUCGACGGCGGCGACUUCGGCUCGGCACUGCAGGUCUGGAACAUGAUUGUGCCGCGCAAGGACUUCGACGAGGCCAUCGACCAGCUCGCCCAGCACGACGACUUCGAGUACCUCUCGUCGACGGUCGACACUCUUGUCGGCGCUGCGAUCGACAGAAUGGAUAGACAGAACCUCAUCAGAUUCACCAGAGAAAUCAUCAUCAAGGACAGCCUCGUGCUGUCCAACGAGUCGCUCCUGAACCUCGUGUCGUACCUCAACGCGAACGAGAAACAAACGGAGCUCGCCACGGCGCUCGUCAUCAACCAGGGUUAUAAGAAGUCCAGAGACGGCACGAGCCUCAACAACUACCUCUCGCUGCUCGUCGACUUCCUCACCCCCUCCCAGUACCAGUCCCUCUUCGGCUCCGGACUGUUCAAGACUGCUGUGGAGCAGUAUAGAGUGGUCAACGACAACGUCUACGGGCUGAUCAAGAUCUUUGAUUACGUCAGCGGCCUGUCGCAGAUGACCGAGCAGAUCAAGCUCAAGAUGAAGUACUACGGCAAGGUGCUGAGCUUUGAGUUCGAGGACGCGUCCAACCACUAUGUGCAUCUGCCCGCAGAGCUGGCGAGAUUCAAGCAGUAUGUCGCGCAGCUGGCACAGUGA